AUGACUCCAAUCGCAGAAGAACUCGAGCGGGAAAGGGAGAAGGCGGUAGAGCUGGGCGAUCUCGAUCUCGACUCGGCUAAGCUGGACGACAUGGUUCAUGCGUUGGGAAGCCUGGAGCUUGAGAAACGAGGCCUGCUGGAAAACAUCCGUGUUCUUCGCCUUCGUCUUGCGGAGGAGAAGGUCUGGCAUAUCGACAGAAUGAUGACCUCCAGAGUGCAGACUAUGUGA